CGAUGAGUUCGAUACUGAGUGGUACCUGGUAUCCCUAAACUGAACAGCCACAGCACGAGAAGUAGAAGAGAAAAUAUUCAUUCAAUCAGAGAUGAAAGAGGAAAAACGGAAUCGUAAACGGAAGAGAGCAAAGCUUCAGAGAAAAUCUUCUAAUGCCGCCGGCGUGAAUCAAUGUUCGGCAGCGAUCUCAAAAACUAAGAAACCUUCGUCUUUUCUUGAUAAGAUGAAGGCGAGAUUAUCAGGAGGACACUUCCGUAUGCUUAAUGAAAAGCUCUACACUUGCUCUGGAGAUGAGGCGCUCAAUUAUUUCAAAGAAAAUCCGGAACUUUUUAAUGUGUAUCAUGCAGGGUAUCAAGAGCAAAUGUUACAUUGGCCAGAACAACCUGUUAAUAUAAUCACAAAAUGGCUAAAGGAUCAUAGCCCUUCAUUAGUUGUUGCUGACUUUGGCUGUGGAGAUGCACGGCUGGCAAGAAGCGUGAAGAACAAGGUUUGGUCGUUGGAUCUUGUCGCAAAUGAUCCUUCAGUAAUUGCUUGUGACAUGUCAAAUACCCCUCUAGAGUCGUCAUCUGUUGAUGUGGCCGUCUUUUGCCUUUCAUUGAUGGGAACCAACUAUUCAAGCUUCCUUCGGGAAGCGCUCAGAGUUCUUAAACCCAGGGGAUGGCUCUUGAUUGCAGAAGUUAAAAGCAGGCUUGAUCCAAAUACUGGAGGAGCAGACCCAAACAAAUUUUUAAAAGCUAUUUGUGAGCUUGGGUUUACCAUGGAGUCAAAGGAUUUCUCUAACAAAAUGUUUGUGCUGUUCUACCUAAAGAAGAAGGAAAAGCAGAAUUCAGUGAACAAGGAUAUUAAUUGGCCGGAGCUCAAGCCUUGUAUAUAUAAGCGGCGCUAAGCUUGGCCAUAAUGUCUUUUGUUUAAGAUUUUAGCAGUCCUUAUCCAAUCUGGAGAUGGGUUUAAACGUGUUGCCAAAUCUCACUCGUUAUUUAAACCCAACUGUGAUCCAAUCUAUUCGCUCACAUCCUUACCCAAUUUCUUUUUGGUUUGAUCACCCAUGCUCCUGAAAGCGAAAGGGUAGCUCUACUGAGUUUGCUACUUUCUAAAGUGAGGAACGAGAACAUCCUAUGUGCUUCGUGGAAAGGAAAGCGCCGUGUUGUUAAAAGCAUCGCUUUGUCACUUGAAGCAAUGAAGUAAAAACAGAGGGGUGUACUUCUCAAAUGUUGUGUUUCAAAGAAGUGGAUUAAUAUUAGCAUAUUAUUGUAGGAUUUUGAAAUUACUUAUUUUAAUUAUUAUUUAAGCAGUACUAGACUAAUAUAAUGUGUGAUACUUCGAGUGCCUCAUUUCAGUAUAAGUCCAUGAUUCAAUGCUCA